ACAGCGCUCGAGCAACUCAUCAGUCGUCAGUGAACGUCGUCGGGAUCGGGAUCGUUGGGGUUCGUCUGUCGGAUACUGUUGUGUUUCUGUUUUAUCUUUUCGAAGGGAGUUCUCAAUAUUUUGACAGCGCCAAGGGUCAUCAGCAAACGUAACAAAACAGCAGGAAAAAUAAAACUUGGUGUGUUGGGAAUUAUUUUGUUCGUGGUGGAAAUACGAAUCUGCGUACAAACAGGCAGGGAAAUCGAGUGUGCGGUAACAGCGGGUCAUUUUCUUUCAAAUUUUUCCGAAUAGUGAACUUCGCUUGCUCGGGAGUGUGUUCUGUUGCGCCUCUGUGGCCAAGGAAAUUAGAAGUUUGACGGUGUGGAAGUGAGAGUUGCUGGCCGAUGUUGGCGGUCGUGGAGUUUCCGUGACAUAGCAGAAUAUUCUAGUGUUGGAUAUAAAUAACUCACGCAAAUCCUCGUCCGUUCCGGUUUUUCAAUCGUAGUGAACUACGCCUGUGCCGGAAGUUCAGUGCAGAAGGAAAUCGGUCAAGAUAAUCUCGCAACUACAACAUUUUCGAACGAUGGCCGAGAACAAGGGAAUGUUACUGGCGAAAUCGGUCCAGAAGCAUGCCGGACGGGCAAAAGAAAAGCUUUUACAAAAUCUCGGCAAAGUUGACCGCACAGCAGAUGAAAUCUUCGAUGAGCACCUGACCAACUUCACCCGCCAGCAGAACAGUGCCACCAGACUGCAGAAAGAGUUCAACAACUACAUCAGAUGUGUGCGAGCCGUUCAGAGCGCUUCCAAAAGCCUAAUGGAUGCCAUAAACGAAGUGUACGAGAGCCAGUGGACCGGCUCGGAAGCACUGUAUGCGCAAACCAACACAGUCGAAGUGUUAUUCCAGGAUUUUUCGCACAAGCUGGGUGACCAGGUGCUGAUACCGCUCAAUACGUACACCUCGCAGUUUCCAGAGAUGAGGAAAAAGGUUGACAAGCGAGGUCGGAAGCUGGUGGACUACGACAGCCAGCGACACUCUUUCCAGGGCCUACAAGCGAACGCCGCCAAACGUAAGGACGAUAUUAAAAUCACAAAGGGACGCGAACAGCUAGAGGAAGCAAAACGCACCUACGAAGUACUCAAUACGGAAUUGCACGAUGAACUACCGGCACUGCACGACUCGAGAAUACUGUUUCUGGUGACGAACUUGCAAACGCUGUUCGCUUCCGAACAGCAGUUCCACAGUGAAACGGCAAAGAUCUACUCGGAACUUGAAGCCAUCGUCGAUAAAUUGGCCACCGAAUCGCAACGAGGCUCGUACACGCUCAAGAAGAUUACCGCUAACUCAACUCCAUCCAGCCAACCGCAGUCCCCAGUGAAAGCGAACUUGUCAAUUGUAAAUAACAUAACCAACGGAUCUGCCAAUGCAAACGGACCCGCAUCCCCAUCGCCAUCAAUUUCGCCCAGCUCAGAUCAGCAUCUGGAUGAUUCGGAACCCUCUUAUCAGAACACAGAAGUCGUGAAAUCCGCCAGUGCUGCUUUGCGAUCAUCCCCAACAAAUACCACAUCCGCCACCACAACCACUAAUAAUAACAAUAUCGAUGACCCACCGCAACCGUCAGUCGCACCGCCUAAAACGCCUGUUUCGCCGCCCACUAGCGAGAAAGUAACCACCAAUGGUACGGAUCUCGAUCAUGAUACCAGCAGCCAAACGCAAAAUAACACGCCAGCCACUAUCGCAGCUGUUUCUACCGCUAGUCAACCGCCUACUACUGCUGCUACUGCUCCUGUUACCCCUGCUGCAGGGGUUGAACUUCAGACUACUUCGACGCGCUCACCAUCACCCACAACGCCUACUACUGCUGGCGCUGCUGUUUCGCAAUCAAGUAAUACUAAUCAUCACCAUCAACUAUCAUCAUCCGCAACAUAUCAUCAUCCUCAUACUCACCACAACCACCAACACUACCAUCAUAACCACGUGAACCAAACGAGCGUCAAUGCGGUUGGUCCUUCAUCCCUUACGUCGACCUCGUCCACGUCAUCCUCGGCGGAACAACAUGGCAUACCGCACUACGCCACGCUACCUAGCAACCCACCCGGACCGUUGUUGAUUGCCAACGGGUCCCAUCCAGAGCCCGAACAGCAUAUCUACGGCAAUGUUGCUAACAACACUAGCCAUAACAAUUUGAAUAACAUUAAUAACAACGUUAGCAAAAACGAUAACAGUAAUUUUCCCACCGAUACUACUACUACUACUACUACUACCCCUACUAGCACUCACCACAACAAUAAUAACAGUAAAUCGGAUGAACUCUAUGAUAUCCCCGUUGGCGCUACGACAACCGAUCUGCCACCUGGUGUGCUCUACCGGGUGAAGUCUACCUACAAGUAUGUCCGGGAGGAUGUCGACGAGCUUAGCUUCGAAGUCGGCGACACCAUCAACGUGAUUGAAUAUGAGGACCCGGAGGAUCAGGAGGAAGGCUGGUUGAUGGGUAUCAAGGAGGGCACUAACGAAAAAGGCAUGUUCCCAGCUAACUUCACCCGGCCACUGUAAAUCUGGUCUCAGAAUUUUAGUCUUGCAAAUGCAAUGCGGCGACUGUUGGUUCGAUAAGCAACCACGUAACUCCAUCACUGAAUUUUGGGUAUGUCGCGAAACAUGACCCACAAUUGACCAUCAAUAAUGAAAUCGAUUAGGUUAACAACGAUCGUUUAGAGUUUGAUAUUUUUUGCCAAGAAAAAUCGAUUCAAUGGAGAUUUAUGAUCCGGCGUGAAAUUGAUGGUAAACGAACCAUUUAAAAAGUAGGAUAGCAAAGAUCAUCUCGGAAACUCGAAAAAUUUUAUGAUAUAAUUCACAACACUCCGAAGCUAACAACUAAACGUGAUUCGUACGAUGUGGUAGAAGGUGAAAUGACGUGCCUUUCAAAUGGUUAUUUCAAAAGUAUGACAUUCGCCGAAAGAAGAAACCCAACGCAUGGGAAUGAGCCAGAUUGUGUCGCCGACUGGAAAUAAUUUAUUCUUUUCCAACACUAUUUUGUUCUGUUUGUCUAAUCAUUAAGUUGUUAACAGUCCACGGUAGAGAUAAUACAAAUAUUAAUUCUUUUGUUUUGUUUUGUAUUGUGAGAAUUAUAUAUGGCAGUUCAUAAUUGGAAAUCCCUGUAAAUCUUUCUUUACUACAUAAGCCAAUACUCUUCUGGUCUUCCCAAUAAUUUACGAAAACGAAAAAUUAAUCAACCAGCAAUACGAAAUUUAAAAAAAGAAACCUGUAAAUAUGAUUAAAUUUAUAAACAUCCCGAUACAGAAAUGCGAAUUAAAGCAAUAACACACACUUUUGUUCGAAUAGUUUUGGAUUGCCAAAAUCAUCCGUGAGUAACAAAAGUCACUCCCUCAUAUUGCCAACAUUUUUGCAACGUAGUACAUAAUAUUAUGUAAAUAGCCGGAUUGAAAGUGAAAUCAUUGUAUAAACAAAGAAAUCAAAAUCCAAUAAAAGCCAAAUUUACUUUCGUUAUAUAAUGUUAUUUCACAGCACAUUAUGCGUGUCGAUUGACGCAAAUACUUUACAAAAGGACUCCAUGCCGUAAUUGUGUAUCCCGGUGCAGACAUAACGGCAAAAUUGAUCGAUGCAUUUCUAUUAGGUGAUCAGACGCGACCGAGUCCAUUUUAAACGUAAUGUAAAUGCACAUCCCGCACAUGAACCCCAUAGCGUAGAUGCUUAACGGUGUCGUGGCAUAUCGUGGCUAAAUUUAAUUUACUAUACAUAUUUCAUAUUGAUUCUCGAAUAAUUCUUUUCUGUUCAAUUUAUUCACGUAAUGAGAAAGAUACCCUUAAACCCCAACUUAAUUCCGAAAUGCCUAAAUCUAUCGCAUGGUUACAUUUCUUCUCAACGGGAUCGCCCACUUUGUAGAUUGACAUAUCGAGCGCGAGUUUCAUUUUUCGUUUAUGUAGAAAGCCGUUUUCCGAUUUUCUUCCUCUAUUCACCAUGCUGUUAUCCUAUUAUUUCCGAAAUACUACUGUUUUUAUUGUAUUUGAUGAUAAUUUUAUUCUAUUUAACAAACAAAAAGUAAAUUAAUAACUUAGUUGAAUAAUGAUAGAAAAACAGAUGAAAUAACGCAACUCUGUUGAAGUUGUGUCGCUGCUAAGCAAAACCGAAAAAUCCACAAGCAAAAUUUAUGCCAAUUGAAUUUGAGCGAGUCAGAAAAAAAUGAUUGGAAAUAAAAGAAACAUCAGGCAAAAUAUUGUUGAAAGAAAGGAAGAUCAAGAGCUAAUAUAUUUCAAAUAAAACUAUUAAUAAAUAAUAAUACGCUAAGUGUAAUGAUAACAAGAAAUAAAUGAUGGAUGAAAAUGGUGUACAA